AUGCCCCCGCGCCGGCGUCACCCAGCGGGGGCGCGAACCGACCUCCCGCCACUGUUAAUCAUCCGCAAGAUCCUCUUGCUCCAGCUCGCCUGGUAUGUCUGCGCGACGGUACUGAUACUGUUCACGACAGUGGUGUAUGGUGCGCCCUUCUCGCUGGAUCUGGUCUUUGGAUGGGACUAUCUGCGCGGAGAUACCACAGUCGGGUGGAUAUUGGGGUUGGUGUGGAUGUUGAACUGUUUCAUCAGUGUGAUUUUCCUCCUCCUUUUCGUAUCCCGCUCCAAACUUGUCCUUGACUUCGCUCUCACAAUCCACUUCCUCCACCUCGUCGCCACAACGUUCUACACGCGCUCUCUGCCCGCGAAUCUCCUCUGGUGGGCUCUGCAGUUUGCCAGCGCGUCUGUGAUGACGUUCAUGGGAAUGUGGGCGUGUCAGUGGCGCGAGCUGAAGCCCAUCAGCUUCGGCGGUAUUGGAGGUAGCAGUAGCAACAACGACGGCCACGCAGCGGGGUCAUCCUCCCAUGCACCUGCCGAUGGGCAACAGGAGUCGAGUUUUGGUCGCGGACGGGGCCGUGAGCGCAGCAUUAAUGUUGGGAUGGGGGAGUAUGAGUUGGAUGAAUUCAAGGGUGACCACGCUGCAUGA